CUCUAAGGACGAAGAAAAAAAAAGAAAAAAAAAACAAACAAUACUGUCAAAAAUCGUAAAUAAAAGCCGCAGGCACGUUUUUAUUUAUUUUUUCACAGAUAUAUUAGUAAAAAAAUAUGUCAGAUUCUUCAGAAGAAGAAGAUUUAUCAAAGUUCAGAGAUGUAGUGGACAAUUCUUUUGUUAAUAAGUCAAAGAUUAUUGGCAAAGAAGAAUCAAAAUCAGCAGAUAAAAAUCGAAAGUCUGAACGGUAUUUAGAGACGUCAGCUCAUUACAAUGAUGUUGUUGUGCCAGAGGAAAUGAAGAAACAAAUUGGUGCCAAAAUGUCAGCCAUUAUACGGAGAAAUGUGGAGUUUGUUGAAGUGGGACGAAAUAUGAAUAAGAAACGCAAAAUAAAAGGUGGUGUGAAACUAUUUAGAAGUUCAGAUGGAUUUCUCUCAUGCGAAGAGCCAAAGGACACUUAUACAGAAAUACACAACAGUGAAUCAAAAAAGAUUAAGAUAAAGAAGAGGCAAAUUGAUGAAAUUGACAGUAACUUGAAUGAUAGUGGUAAGAGAAAAAAUAAGCUCGGCGACUGUAACUGGCGAAUAUAUUUUGUCAAAAGAGGAAACAAAACAUUGGAAAUCAAGGAGAAAAGAGAAAUUAUUUAAAUACAAGCCAUCUUCUCAGAAAAAUGUACUGAUCUCUGUUGAAUAACAAUAAUCUAACAUAAUAUGUUUGCAAUAGUCAAUAAAAUCUAAGAAAUAUA